AUGAGUUCUGUCUUUUUUCUAUCGAUUGUAGUUAUUUCAAUUAUUUCAGUUUUAUUUAGUGUUUAUAUUCAUCGACCGGAUUUUCCAGAAUUAGAAAUUGAACUUGUAAGUUUUCCAGGCACGCGCGAUUCUUAAUGGAUUAAUUAAUUAAUUUUAGGAUAAUUAUUGGAAACUUGACGACCCUGUAAAAGAUGAUGAUACAAUUUAUAGUUAUUCAAUUGAUGUCGACACCAAUGUUAUUGAUGAUUUCAAAAAUCGAUUAAAAUCUGAAAAAGUUUUCGGAACUUCACAAUUUCUUCAGAAUCUCACCAAAGUUCUUCUUGAUUUUGAUUGGAAACAACAUCAGAAUUUUCUCAACACUUUCAAGCAAUAUAAAACUGAAAUCGAGGGUUUGAAUGUGCAUUUUCUUCGUAUUUCUACCCCGAUUAGUGGCAAGAAGAAAACUCUGGUACCAAUUUUGAUGCUUCAUGGUUUUCCUGGAAGUUUUUGGGAUUUUUUCAAGGUGUGUUCUGAUUUUUUCUAUAGUUUCAAAUAUUCUAUUUCAGUUAAUCCCAAUUUUGACCAAUCCAACAAGAUAUGGAUUUGACUUUGGUGUGAAGGAAUCAAUCCAGUUUGAAGUGAUCAUUCCAAGUUUGCCUGGAUUCUUGUUUUCCGGAAAAUCAGAGAAAAAUGAAUUCGACAUCAUCGCAUCUGCAAGAAUUCUCGGAAAAUUGAUGAGACGAUUAGAUCUUCAAAAAUAUUUUGUUCAUGGUGGAGAAGGAAUCGGAAGUGAUCUCGCAACAUUAAUCGCAUCUCUCUAUCCAGCAAGAAUUCAAGGAUUACACUUAUCCAAUCCAUUUGUUCGUCCAACAUUUUCUACUUUCACAUUAUUGAAAUAUGCCUACAAUGCUUAUCAAAGAUCAGAGAACAGUAAUUAUACAGAUAUUGUUGAAUAUUUUGCAAGUGACAAAUUUGCAUGGCCCUCAAAUCCUGAUUCAAUUUCAACAUCUCUUGGGAAUAGCGCAAUUGGAACAGUGAAAUAUAUCUCGAAUCUUUGGUCGUUAUAUUCCCUAACUUCCUCUAAUGACACACUGAACUUGCAUUUUACACUGGAUGAGAUUUCUACCGAAAUCUAUCUAUAUUGGAUAACCCAAACUCUUCCAAGUGCUCUACAAAUUCAUGGAAACAGUUAUACUUCAGAGGCGAUUUGGCAAAGUGCCCAAGUUCGAAUCCCAACAGCGAUUGUGUAUUCCACAAAUACACCGUGGAGGUGUGAACCGGAAAUUUUGAGCGACAAAUAUCUCAAUCUCACCAGGUAGGAUUGUUGUUGGAAUCUCAUUUUCAAAAAAAUUUUUAGGGUGAACGAGUUACCAAAAGGCGGGCUAUUCCACUAUCUCCAGGAUCCCAACAAGGUUGCUGAGGAUAUUUUUUCAUUUGUCGAACUUCAAUUAUUAUGA